UAGGAUACGCAUCUGAAUUAUAUUGUCUCCUCAAUUCAGGCAGGCAUUGUUGAUCUGCUUUGUAGUGUGCCGUGGAUGCUGUUACCACUCUGUGUGCUGUGGAUUGCAGUGUCUAAAGAGGUGCUGAGGCUCUAGCAUGUGAUUCACAUAAGGGAAGGGAAGUAAAACAAAUUUUCUCCAUUUUCCAGAGUUCAUGAUUCUCUUGUUUCUUAUGCAGGGUGGGUUACCAGAAUCCAAAUGGCUCUCUUGAAUAGGCGAUUGGGUUUAUCCUUAACCCAUCUAAGCAGUACGGUGAUCCAGCGACACUUCAGCAUCACUGGAGCAUGCCGAGCAAUACAGAAACUCACCCGCGUGCGAGUGGUGGACAACAGCGCCUUGGGGAACACGCCGUACCACCGGCCACCAAAAUGUAUCCAUGUGUAUAACAAGACCGGAGUUGGCAAAGUAGGAGAUACGAUCCUUCUGGCUAUCAAAGGAGAAAAGAAGAAGGCUUUAAUUGUAGGGCAUAAGAUGCCUGGCCCCCCCAUGACACCUAGAUUUGAUUCCAACAAUGUGGUACUCAUAGAAGACAAUGGAAAUCCAAUAGGGACUAGAAUAAAAACACCGAUACCCUAUAUCCUGCGACAGAGAGAAGGAGAGUUCUCCAAAGUAUUGGCCAUUGCUCGCAACUUUGUAUGAAAGCUAAGAAAGGUCUCUGGCAAUCCUGUUUAUAUCCUUUCAUACAGUAGCAGUUCCUUGGUCCUUUUUUAUAAAAUGGUGAAACGUGAAAAAGUUGAGGUCCAUCAAAAGUCUCCCUUCCUGAUUACAAGCAGCUAGUUUAAAUGUUGAAAUACCUUGGUUUUCUCCAAAAGAAGCUUGAUUUAUUUCACAGAACAACUGCAGUGUGUUUGGGAAAUGGUCCUUCACCCUUACUGCUCCAGUGGUGUUAAUUUGGUCUCUAAUCAUUAAAAUGAGAACAUGAAAAUCC